CUCUCCUUCACCCGCUCGCCAUCUUUGUGCUUCUUUUUCUUCUUCUUCUUGAGUUUCUUCAGCAGGAGGUCUUCCUCUGAACCAGCUGUGGGCUUCUCCGUGGACUCUGUGAUGGAGGAAAAGACAUUUUUACAGACUUCUCGCUCCUCAUUUCUCUCACAGACUCACUUUCCACUGAACAGCUCACUGAUCAGUUCCCCCUCCCUCCUCUUCUCCCUCCCACCUUACCUCCUCCUCUCACUGUCACUGCGCUUCUCAAACUGAGGUGGGUCUUUUUUACACUCUCUCCCUCAGCUCCUUUCACUCUUUACUCUCAGGACGCGAUGAGGUUAACAGCACUGUGCGUAUGUGGGACCCUGCUGGCCUUCUCAAGCCUCUCUUGGACCACAGCGGACUCUGACGAAGGAGACCUCCUGGGGGAUAAUGGUUUUGGGCCCUGCGCUGCAACUCUGAGACCUGAGGGGUCGUGCAGACAGGGGCAGGAUGAGAGCAUGUGCCCCUACCUAUUCAGUCUGCCACCGCUGACUGUCCUUUUGCCAAAGCAGCUCGGAGAGCUGGAGACGAUUGUGAAGGAUCUGCAGAAGCUGAAGGACAAUGUGGAUCAACUGAGGAAGAUGUGCACAGAUUGUACAGUAAGCCACAUUGAGAGAGAGUGUGGAAGGCAAAGAGAGCAUGAAAAGCUGAAUGAGAGUACGGAUGAGGAUGAGAGGAACUGGCUGAAUGAGAGAAAUCAUGAGAGACUAAAAGAUUUCAGCCAGGAGUGUGGGACAGACAGGGUUAAAGUGGAAAAGACCAUGGAAGGAGAUAGUGACACAGACUCAGAAAAAAGAACAAUUUUGGAAGAGAAAGGGAGAAAAAAAUGGGAAGCAGAAAGAGAGAGCGAUAAAGGGGUCGUAAAAGAAAAUGAGAAAGAAGAAACCCUAAAAAAAGUGGCAGAAAAAGAUGGAAAAACUCAGACAGAGGGGGCAAAAGGAAAGGGCAAAUUGGGGCAGGUAAAGGUGCCAAUUGCUGGUGGAAAUGAGAGAAUAGUGGAUGUGGUCAGAAAAAAGGUUGUUGAAAAAAAUAACAGGGAGACAGAGGCAGACAGAAAUAAAGAAAAAGAUGGAAAAGGGAAUUCUAAAGGAUAUCGAGAGGAUAAGCUGGAGAAUGGAAAAGAGAGGAAGAUUACAAGUAAUGCAAAAUAUAAGGAGAAAACAGAAGAAAGUGACCAUCCCAUGUGGCGAGAUGAAACAGAGAAAAAAACCCAAACUAAAGAAGACAGGGGCAGUGAUGGAAUAAAGAUGUCUGACGACCAUGAUGAGCAUACAAAUAAGGAGCGAGAGCAGCACGGGGAGGAGAGGAAAAAGGAAAUGGAAAAGGGAAUAAAACAGGAGCGAAAUAAUGAAAAACCAAAACAGACUGAAAGCAUUGGGCGCGCAGAAAAAGAGAAGACUAUAAAAGAGGGGGAAGAGGAGGAGGAGGACAGGGAGACAGGGAAGGAGAUCAAAACAGAAGGAGAAAAAAUGGUCCAGAGCGUACAGAGAGACAGUGAUGGAGAAUUAGCAUCCAGCAAGGCGACUGAGAGGACAUACUUUGUUUCAAUCAGUCCGACUCCUCACUCUAUCAUUAGUUUAGCUCUGAGGCAUGACUCCAUGGACUCAAACGAAGCUAAAACCUUUACGUCAUCUCUUCCAUCUCCUCCUUUGUCCAGCUCUACUUUACAUUUGAUCACACAUGUCAAUCAAGGGAUGACAAUAACUGCUGACAGACUACCAACCCAAAGCACAGGCCUCGGAGCAGCUGGCAUUGCUAAGCACCCAAGCCCUGGUGUAGGGGCAGGCUUUAGGACCACAAGUAGGCCAACAACAACAGCCACAAUAAGCACACUGGGUGGCCCUGGACAGCAGAUAACCAGUGCCACCAUUAGGUUCACCUCUACAACCAGUGCAAGACCUGGGGCAGGCUUCCAGGGUCGAGUUGGCUCAACUACGGCAACUACAACCACCACAACUCCUCAUCAGAAUUUAUACACAAGUACAUUCCCAGGAGUCGCAGACCGCAGCCGUUGGACAGCUAAAAAGAACAUCAGCUCAAACACUAAGACUGGCGUGAAGCCUCUAUCAGGUCGAGGACCAAAGCCCGGUGAAAAGCAUAAACCUGCAAUUAAGCCUGAAGCAGACCAAAAGCUUAAAAAUCCUAAGAAUGCCCGUAAACCUGACCAAGCUCCUUUGCCUGACAAAAAAACAAAACAUGUCCAAAAGCAGAAGCCUCAAAAGUCAAAACCUGAGAAGCCUGUUCACCCUCUCAAAAAAGACAAGCCUGACCAAAAACAAAAACCUCACAAAACGCUAAAAGAAGAAACAAAACCUGGGCAAAAGUCUACAUCAAACCAAUAUCUCACACCUGUUCAAGAGCCUGAACCUGAAGGAAGUGAAACAACUAGUCUCAGGGCAAAACCUAACCAAAAGUCUGCAGAAUUAAUAGAAAAUUCUGAUGAAAAUCCUUCCCCCGAGCCUAAAUCUGCCCAAGACUCAGCACCUGGACAAAAGCUUACAUCUGAUCCUGCCCUGAUCAAACCCCCUGAUCAAAGGCCUAAACCCAGCCAGAACCUCCCUCAAAUAAACCAAAAGCCUAAACCUGGCCAAGCACCUAAACUUAACCAAAAACAUCCAGAGCUCAUGACAGGCCAAAAGACUAAACCAAAUGUCAAGCCUAGACCUGACCUAACACCACAAAACAAUCAAGGGCUUAGAACACCUCGGCCUGACCAAAUCCUUCAUCUUAACCACGAAUCUGUGCCUGACGAAAGCCCUGAAGCAGAAUCCAACAAAACCUCCAAACCGAGGCCUCCUCCACCAACCAGACCUACAUUCAAGCCAGGAGCAACACCUGCUCAAAGGCCAAAACCAGCAGCGCAACUAAAGCCAAGUCCAAAGACCAAAACAGAUUUAGAUCCUCCUCAAAUCAGCGCGACUACUUCAGACGACAUCCAAAACUCUCAAACUGACAUGCCACCUGCAUCUGGCCCUGUAAAACAAAUUGCUGAAGUUACUCAUUCCGCAGGGGACACAGAGUUCAGUCCCAGCACGAUGAAAACUAUCACUCUGGGUCCAAAGACCUCCAACAGCCUGGAGACUAUACCCUUCCCUCGCCUUCACACUCUUUCCGAAGGCUUCACGAUGAGCCCAGACAGCAGGAUUACAUCUGAUCUGAGGCCACAGACAGCCGGUCAACCCCCACUGAUCCCAAUGACAACAAGACCAAACAAAAUCAUCCGUGGGAUCCACCCAAGCGUUAUCCCUAGCACCAGUCCAGGAUCCACAAAGCCAGAUCAAACUUCUAAUACUGACUCCACCUUAGAUGCUAAGAUACGUCACAAUGUGGAGGAAGCAGCACCCAGACAAACUCCAGAUCCAGACAAAAUGAUGAUUCCAGCCCCUUCCCCCAGUGCUACCUCCACACCCAGCCCUGACCUCAGGUCAACAACCCCUGCCACCUCUGGCCCCGAGCCCCCAGCUGCUGAGUCUUCCACUCCCAGUGCACGUGAGCUGCGUGUGAAAAUCAACCAGGUGGCUGCUUUCCUCAAUAAUAAUGGAAGACCACCGGUCAGGCAUCCAAAAGAGCACCCAGAGGACAACCAGGGUGGCAGCAGGCCUGGCAGGACAGACAGCAAACUGCCAAUGCUGAUACCAUCUAAAGUUACCAUGGCGAGAAGAGACUGCUCCGACCACCUGCUCAGGGGUCAGACAAAAAGCGGAGUGUACCUCGUGACCCCUGACAUCCGCACCAGCAGAUUCCCGGUCUUCUGCGACAUGGAGCUGGAUGGAGGAGGCUGGACCGUCCUGCAGCGCCGACAGGAUGGCAGCGUGACCUUCAACCGCACCUGGGCUGAGUACCGAUCAGGCUUCGGGGAGCUGGACGGAGGGGAGUUUUGGCUGGGCAACAAUAUGAUCCACCUGCUGACCCGGGACAGGGACAUGGUGCUGCGGGUGGAGCUGGAGGACUUUGACGGGGUGAUGGAGUAUGCAGAGUACGAGCAGUUCAGAGUGGCAAGUGAACGGAUGCUCUACAGACUGACAGUAGGCAGGUACUCGGGUACUGCAGGUGAUGCUCUCCGCUUCGGCAAAACUUAUGAUCACAACAACAGGGCGUUCACCACCCCGGACAGGGACCACGACCGCUAUCCAUCCGGGAACUGCGGGGCCUACUACAGCUCCGGCUGGUGGUUUGAUGCCUGCAUGGCUGCAAACCUCAACGGGAGAUACCAUGUGGGGAGGUAUAAAGGGGUCCGGGAUGGGAUUUUCUGGGGAACAUGGCAUAACAUCUCUACAGAGUAUUACCCCACCAAUGAUAGACAGUCUUUUAAAACUGUCAGGAUGAUGAUCAGACCAAAGGGCUUUGCACCCUGAGCUGUGACUUUCUCCAGGGCAUGUUGGAAAAGAAACAUAGAGGGUCUAACUACUAACUUCAACCAUAAACUCCUAAGGUACUCUUUACAAUUGAAUAAAACCUAGUAUACGCUCCACACACUUAUUGUACACUAUUAACACAGCGCUGCCGCCUUGUGGUGUUUGGUUCUGCAAUACUGAUGUGUUAACAGGAUAAUAUAACGACUGAGGAUGUACAUAGUUACAAAGGUUAUAGUCCUAAUUACAUCGUAUCUUUUUUUAUAACCUUUUAAUAUUAAUAUGUCAUGUCAAGAGUGUAAUUUGUUUAAUGACGAGAAAGGGAAAUCCUCUUGUGAAGAGUUAUUUGUCAGUGAAUCUGACGGGUAUGUAGCAACAGAGACUGAUAUUUUUUAUAUUAUAGGACUGGAAAGCCAGUUGAUGGUUGAUUGAAGCUGUUUGGGAUGUUUUAUAAUUAAGAUUGUUUUGUUAAGAUAAAUAAAAUUGAUGAAUAUAAGA